AAGAGGGGGCGGGGGUCUCUCAGCCUGACGUCAUCAGCUCGUCUGUGAAUGGACGGGAGGUGAUGAGCCUGCGGGUGACAAUAAACUGUCCUGUCCGGGCACACACAGGGGAGCAGAAAUCCCUGUAUCUUGGAUACGUAUUGAGAACACAAUGACAGGUUUUGCAUAAUCCAUUUUAUCCUGCAAUAACCAAGUGCCACAGAAAUACUACUUUUUCUGCUUCAUUCUCAUUCGCAGUGAGAGCUCAGACAUGUCACUGUUUAAAGCUCGAGAUUGGUGGUCCGCGUCACUGGGAGAAAACGAGGAGUUUGACCAAGGAUGUCUGUCAGUGGCUGAUGUUGACAACAGUGAGUCUGGACAAGACAAAAUCAUUGUUGGUAGUUACAAUGGAUACCUCCGUAUAUUCUCUCCCCAUCCUCUGAAAACUGGUGACGCCAUUCAGGCAGAAGAUUUGUUGCUCGAGGUUCAGCUAAGGGAUCCAAUACUCCAAGUGGAAGUGGGGAAGUUUGUUUCGGGUACUGAACUUCUCCAUCUUGCUGUAUUACAUCCAAGAAAACUCUGUGUAUAUUCUGUCUCAGGUACAUUAGGAAAUGUGGAGCAUGGCAAUCAGUAUCAGAUUAAACUGAUGUAUGAACAUAAUCUUCAACGAACAGCUUGCAACAUGACUCAUGGGUCAUUUGGAGGAGUAAAAGGCCGGGAUCUGAUUUGUAUUCAGUCAAUGGAUGGAAUGCUGAUGUUCUUUGAACAGGAAAGCUAUACGUUUGGACGAUACUUACCAGGGUUUCUUUUACCUGGCCCUCUGAGAUACAGUCCUAGAACAGACUCUUUCAUUACGGUCUCUUCUUGUCAACAGGUUGAAUGUUAUAAAUACCAGGUUCUUGCUGUAGCAACAGAUGCUGAGUCGAAAAAGGAGACCGAGCAGCAGAAAAUAGGUUCUGGGAAGAAGCUGCUGGCAGACUGGACUCUGAACAUUGGUGAGCAGGCACUGGAUAUCAGUAUUGUCUCAUUUAAUAACACAGUUUUCUCAAUAUUUGUUCUUGGUGAACGAAAUUUCUUCUGCCUCAAAGAGAAUGGGCAAAUCCGCUUCAUGAAAAAACUUGAAUACCAUCCAAGCUGCUUCCUUCCAUUUUGCUCAGUGAGUGAAGGAACAAUAAACUCUUUGGUCGGAAACCAUAAUAACAUGCUGCUUGUGUAUCAGGAUGUGACACUAAAGUGGGCAGCGCAGGUUCCACAUGUUCCAGUUGCAGUAAAAGUUGCCAACUUCCAGGACAUGAAAGGGAUAAUAGUGACACUCAGUGACAGUGGUCAGUUACAGUGCUCCUACUUGGGUACUGACCCUUCACUCUUCCAGGCUCCUAAGGUGGAAUCUCGUGACAUUAACUAUGAAGAACUGGAUGUGGAAAUGAAAGAACUCCAGAAAAUAAUUAAGGAAGCUUCAAAAACACAAGAUAUUUUACCAAAGGCUGAAAAAGAAGAUGACUUGAUUUUAUCAGCUACUGUGUCUUCUACGCUUGAUGCUGUGUCUCAAGCGGUUGACAUUGCUUUGGAGUCAGAAGCUGUCCCUUCAGUAACAGUUAAGUUCUGCAUACGAACAAAACGGCAAGUGCAGAAGACGGUACUCUCCAUUACAGUCCCAUCAUUUCUAGCAACUACUCAGGACCAGUUCAUAUUCAAUUCUAUUGACCAAGGCAUACCUAAAACAGCAAGCAUUUCGGUCUUCCUGAAGGGUAAAUGUCUACCAGCAGACCUUGAAGGAAGUGCUGUGGCAUCAUACAGUACACCAACAGAACUGAACCCUGAAGGUGUUCCCCGCAUUGCACAGUGUAAAUUUCGUCUACCGUUAAGAUUAAUUUGUUCCCCCGUCCAGCCAUCUAAAGCAGCAAAUCAUAAGCUGACCAUUGAUACCAACAAACCUCCCGUCAACCUCAUCAACAUGUUUUCAGAUUUUAUAGAGCGUACAGAAGAUGACCAGAUCAGUGUUUUAGGAUUCCAGUUCCUUGCUGGGCACAAGGUCACACUACUUGCUUCUAAAACAUCACAGAGAUAUAGGAUCCAGAGUGAACAAUUUGAGGAUCUAUGGCUUAUUACAAAAGAGCUCAUCUUGCGUUUUGAGGAAUAUUUCCUGAAACAAGGAAUUAAAGACUUCACAUGCUCCUUUUCUGGACAAGUUCCAUUGCAAGAAUAUUUUGAACUUAUAGAUCAACAUUUUGAGCUGAGAAUGAAUACAGAGAAGUAUGAAAAUCUGUUAUCAGAACGGGCAGUACAGUUUCGUGCAAUCCAGAGACUCCUUUUAACCAGGUUCAAGGACAAGACACCUGCUCCACUCCAAAAUCUAGAUACCUUGCUGGAUGGGACCUACAGGCAGGUUAUUGGUAUAGCAGAAGCAGCUGAAGAACUGCAGAAUAGUCUGUUCCAGGCUUUCACAAAGCUGAAAAGUGCAACACAGCUGAUAAUUCUGCUGAUAGGAUUGUGGCAGAAACUUAGUAAAGACCAGAUCACCAUUUUGGAAGCCACAUUUCUGCCACUUUUACAGGAUGGGCAAGAAUUGGGUUGGGAGGAGACUGUGGAUGCAGCACUGUCUCAUCUUUUAAGGACAUGUCUGUCCAAAAGCUCUAAAGAACAGGCUCUAAACCUCACUAGCCAACUCAGCAUCCCAAAAGAUACUACUAGGCUGAAGAAACACAUCACUUUGCUGUGCGACAGGCUGGCCAAAGGUGGUAGGUUGUCAUUAAGUGCGGACUCUGGAUCUCAACAAGCCAUUGUAAUGCCAGGGCUCCCAUCCAGUCCCCCACCAGUAGCAGUUGGCAAUGCAUAGCUCCAUAGUUUUGUAAUAUAUUAUUAGUAUUGUUUUCAGUUUAAGCAAGGUGAGAAUUGCAAUGUGACAUUAUCUCAUGUCCUAACAUCAUGCACUGGCAUCAAUAGGAAAAAAUGUGGAGACGCAAGAUGAAAAUGAAGAAGAACAAGCUCACACUAGCUUCUGAUGUCACCUAUGUGGACUGCCACAAAAUGGAAACAUUCAAGAUGCUGCUAUGGAGUGGUUAUGGGCAGAAGAGGGACAACUACAUUUUAAAAAUGGUGUCAUAAAAUAUAUUUUAUACAUUUUCAGGUCAUGUUAGCUACAACCACAGAUUUAUAGAGCAAUCUUUAUUUUGUUUUUCUAUGUUGCUAAAAUAUUUUGUAGUUUUAAACUGAAAUGUUACAUAGCAAUUUUAUAUGGUUUGUGUAUGAAAUGGGACCAUAUUUUGCAAGCCAUCUGUGCAAUACAGAUGGCUACUUACUCUGUCCCCUGGGCCACCAAAUCGUCUGUACACUUUUGCCAUUAGCCAACAUGUAGUUUUGUAUCUGCUAUUUUUUCCAGUAAUCAAUAGUUUAUUAUAAUCACCAUAUGUCAGCUGCUUUUUGAUUUAGAGCAAUGUUCUACAUUGCGAAGAUUGCCGGGAGCCAUAUUUUUUCUUAUCCCAGGCAAUAGUAAAAUGCUGUGCAAUCAGUUUACGAGGUGUCAUAUAUGUAAAUGUUUAUAUAUUUUUAUUAAAUGUUUAGCAGUGUGACUAUAAACUACUGGGCAAAAUGGAGCUAAAACAGAUCCUUAAUAGACUGUUUUGUAAUAUUUAUAUACAGUACAUUGUUGGUUUUCUUUCAUUUCCAAAAAUUUACCAACACCUAUUUAGCUACUUUCUUUUAGAAAAUUAGAGUUUGUUGAUUGAGCUAUUAAACAUGUUUAUAAAAGGGUAAAAUCAAAAUAGGAAUCUGUUGCUUUGUCGUUUCUAGCCCCUUUUUACCUCAUUUAACCACCUGUAAUAAAAAUAAAAUGUUUUCCUUGGAAUUUCA